AUGACAGAUCCCAACAAAAUGAUCAUCAACUUGGCCCUUUUUGGUAUGACUCAGAGUGGGAAAAGUUCUGCUGGGAACAUUCUUCUGGGAAGCCAAGACUUCCACAGUAGCUUUGCUCCAUGUUCUGUGACCCAAGAGUGUAGCCUGGGCCGAAGUUGUCACCUUCCCAGCUUCAUGCGCAGAGAGGGUCAAGAGAUAACCCUGCAGGUGCAGGUCUUAGACACUCCAGGCUAUCCACACAGCAGUCUGAGCAAGAAAUGUGUGAUCCAGAAGGUCAAAGAGGCCCUGGCGCAUCACUUCGGGCAAGAUGGUCUCCACCUUGCACUACUGUUACAGAGGGCAGACAUGCCUCUGUGUGGAGAGGAAGUAUUGCCUUCCGUCCAGAUGAUCCAGGAACUUCUGGGACACGCCUGGAAGAACUACACUGCCAUCCUUUUCACCCAUGCAGAAAAGACGCAGGCAGCUGGGCUCAGCGAAGAAGAAUAUAUCCAGGGCGCCCCUGAGACACUGUCAACAUUACUAAAUUCUAUUCAGCAAAGAUUUGUUUUCCUGUAUGCGAAUGGAGAGUCAUUGAAUGAACGGAGAAUACCAAUCUUAAAGAGAAUCAUGGAAUUUAUAAAGGAAAAUUGCUACCAAGUCCUUACUUUUAAAUAA